AGUCCGUCCUGGAUUGCGUCGGGGGAGGCCUGUUCGUGGACCUGAACCGUGGGGCUGCUGGUCCUGCCGCGCCCGCUGGUUGCCUCAUGGUGCGGGCCGCGGCCGCCAGCCCCCGUGCGGAUCGGCGGCGCUGAGGCGCCGGGGCAGCGCGCGACAUGUCGUCGGGCCUCCGCGCCGCCGUCUUCCCCCGCUGGAAGCGCCACAUCUCGGAGGAGUUGAGGCGCCGGGACCGGCUGCAGAGGCAGGCGUUCGAAGAGAUCAUCCUGCAGUAUAACAAGUUGCUGGAAAAGUCAGAUCUUCAUUCAGUGCUGGCCCAUAAGCUACAAGCUGAAAAGCAUGAUAUACCAAACAGGCAUGAGAUAAGUCCUGGACAUGAUGGUGCAUGGAAUGAUAGUCAGCUGCAAGAAAUGGCCCAGCUGAGGAUUAAACACCAAGAAGAGCUGACUGAAUUACACAAGAAACGUGGGGAGUUAGCUCAGUUGGUGAUUGACCUGAAUAACCAAAUGCAGCAGAAGGACAAGGAGAUGCAGAUGAAUGAAGCCAAAAUUGCAGAAUGCUUGCAGACCAUCUCUGAUCUCGAGACCGAGUGCCUGGAACUACGCACGAAGCUUCAGGACCUUGAAAGAGCCAACCAGACCCUGAAGGACGAAUAUGAUGCCCUGCAGAUCACUUUCACUGCCCUGGAGGAGAAGCUGAGGAAGACUACUGAGGAGAACCAGGAGCUGGUCACCAGAUGGAUGGCUGAGAAAGCCCAGGAGGCUAAUCGCUUAAAUGCGGAGAACGAGAAGGACUCGAGGAGGCGGCAAGCCAGGCUGCAGAAGGAGCUCGCAGAAGCAGCAAAGGAACCUCUCCCAGCUGAGCAGGAUGAUGACAUUGAAGUCCUUGUGGACGAAACCUCCGAUCACGCUGAGGAGGCCUCUCCGCUGCGGGCCGUCAGCAGAGCAGCCGCUAAGCGACUCUCGCAGCCUGCUGGAGGCCUUCUGGAUUCUAUCACUAAUAUCUUUGGUCUGUCCGAGUCUCCCCUUUUGGGACAUCACUCUUCUGAUGGUGCCAGGAGGCGCUCUGUGUCUUCCUUCCCAGCUCCCCAGGAUAACGUGGAUGCUCACCCUGGCUCUACUAAAGAAGUGAGGGUGCCAACGACCGCCAUGUGUGUCUUCGACGCUCACGAUGGGGAGGUCAAUGCUGUGCAGUUCAGUCCGGGUUCCCGGCUCCUCGCCACGGGAGGCAUGGAUCGGAGGGUGAAGCUCUGGGAAGUGUUCGGAGACAAAUGUGAGUUCAAGGGUUCCCUGUCUGGCAGUAAUGCAGGAAUUACAAGCAUUGAAUUUGAUAGUGCUGGAUCUUACCUCUUAGCAGCGUCAAAUGAUUUUGCAAGCCGCAUCUGGACUGUGGAUGACUAUCGGUUACGGCACACACUCACGGGACACAGCGGCAAAGUGCUGUCUGCCAAGUUCCUGCUGGACAAUGCGCGUAUUGUUUCUGGAAGUCACGACCGGACCCUCAAACUCUGGGAUCUACGCAGCAAAGUCUGCAUAAAGACAGUAUUUGCGGGAUCCAGCUGCAAUGAUAUUGUCUGCACAGAGCAGUGUGUGAUGAGUGGACAUUUUGACAAGAAAAUUCGUUUCUGGGACAUCCGAUCAGAGAGUAUUGUCCAAGAGAUGGAGCUCUUGGGAAAGAUUACUGCCCUGGACUUAAACCCAGAAAGAACUGAACUCCUCAGCUGCUCCCGAGACGACCUGCUAAAAAUUAUUGACCUACGAAUAAAUGCUGUCAGACAGACAUUCAGCGCGCCGGGCUUCAAGUGCGGCUCCGACUGGACGAGAGUUGUGUUCAGCCCCGACGGCGGUUACGUGGCGGCAGGCUCGGCCGAGGGCUCCCUCUACAUCUGGAGCGUGCUCUCUGGGAAAGUGGAGAAGGUCCUUUCAAAGCAUCACAGCUCCGCGAUCAACGCCGUGGCCUGGUCACCUGCCGGCUCCCACGUCGUCAGCGUGGACAAAGGAAGCAAAGCUGUGCUGUGGUCAGAGUACUGAGGGCACCUCGUCAGGAGAGAGCAGAUCAGAAGCUGGAGGGGCACGCGGGCCCCACGGCUCUGUCCUGGCAGGUGGCGCCCGGGCUGCGGCUUUGACCUCCGGAGAAGCGCCCGAGCCGUGGGGCGCGGCAGCCCGCCUGUGAGCAGGGCUCCUGAGGGUCGUGGCCGAGGUCCCGUGGCCUGACAGAGUAACACUGAGGAAAACCUGACGCUGCGGUCGCUCCGCGGAGGUUCAGGUUGUUGCCUUGAUUCUCGUGGGAAACACUACUGGCUCUGAGCGCGCGUACCUCAGCGGGGGGAGCGGGGGCAC